ACAUAUACAUAUAUAUACACACACACAUAUCUCCUGUUAAUAUUCUUGUGGAAAUUGGGUUUCAUAGAGGCUUUUGAGAGAUGAAGCACUUGGUGGAGGUGGAGAAGGCGAAGGUCGGCGGCGGGCGCACCGCCGGCCCCGCCUACCGCAGCGUCUUCGCCAAGGACGGGUUCCCGCCGCCGAUACCGGGGUUGGACAGUUGCUGGGACAUUUUCCGCAUCUCUGUGGAGAGGAAUCCGAAGAAUCGGAUGCUCGGUCGCCGUCGGGUUGUUGAUGGAAAGCCUUGUGAAUAUGAGUGGUUGAGUUAUAAACAAGUAUAUGACAUUGUGAUGAGAGUGGGGGCUUCUAUUAGGAGCUGUGGAGUUGAGCAGGGCGGACGUUGCGGUAUAUACGGCGCGAAUUGUCCCGAAUGGAUCAUCAGUAUGGAGGCCUGUAAUGCUCAUGGAAUUUACUGUGUUCCCCUGUAUGAUACACUUGGUGCGGGUGCGGUAGAAUUUAUCAUCUGCCAUGCAGAGAUUCAGAUUGCUUUUGUCGAAGAGAAAAAGAUUGUAGAGGUGUUGAAAACCUUUCCCACCACCACAAAACUUCUAAAGACAAUUGUCAGUUUUGGAAAAAUCACACUCCAACAGAAGGAAGAGGUUGAGAAGCACGGUUUGUCGAUAUAUUCCUGGGACGAAUUUUUGCUCUUGGGCGAAAACCUGCAAUUCUAUCUGCCAAAAACCAAGAAAACCGACAUUUGUACUAUAAUGUACACAAGCGGAACAACCGGAGAUCCAAAGGGCGUAUUAAUAUCAAAUGAGAGUAUAAUCACUCUCAUUGCCGGAGUUGAUCGCAACCUGCAUUGUGUCAAUGAACAAACGGGGGAUGAUGAUGUUUACUUGUCAUAUCUCCCUCUAGCACAUAUCUUCGAUCGCGUGAUGGAGGAGUUGUUCAUUUUCAAUGGGGCCUCAAUCGGAUUUUGGCGCGGGGAUGUCAAGCUAUUAUUUGAAGAUAUUGCGGCGCUAAAACCAACUGUCUUAUCUGCGGUUCCUCGUGUCCUGGAUCGCAUUUAUUCAGGUAUGCAAAGCAAAAUUUCGACCGGCGGUUUCCUGAAGAAAACCUUGUUCAAUCUAGCUUACAAAUACAAACUUCAUAACAUGAGGAAGGGAAGUAAACAAGACGAGGCAGCGCCGCUCAUUGACAAACUAAUCUUCAAUAAGAUUAAACAAGGACUAGGCGGGAAUCUCCGGCUUAUCUUAUCAGGAGCAGCUCCUUUAGCUGCCAAUGUUGAAACCUAUCUUAGGGUGGUGACAUGUGCCCAUGUUGUGCAAGGCUAUGGUCUGACGGAAACUUGCGCGGGAACAUUUGUCUCGCUACCAAACGAUCUCUCGAUGAUCGGAACUGUGGGUCCUCCGGUACCAAACGUUGACGUGCGACUCGAGUCGGUUCCUGAGAUGGAGUACGACGCCCUCGCGGCCGUCCCUCGUGGCGAAAUCUGCGUCAGGGGAAAGACAUUGUUCUCAGGAUACCACAAAAGAGAAGAUCUCACUAAUGAAGUCAUGAUUGAUGGGUGGUUCCACACAGGGGAUAUUGGAGAGUGGCAACCAGAUGGAUGCUUAAAAAUUAUUGAUAGGAAGAAGAAUAUCUUCAAACUUUCUCAAGGAGAGUAUGUUGCUGUAGAGAACCUGGAGAACAUUUAUGGUCUUCUUCCUGAGAUAGACAUGAUAUGGAUUUACGGGAAUAGUUUCGAAUCGUUCCUCGUCGCCGUCGUAAAUCCAAACCAACAAGCUCUCGAGCACUGGGCAGAACAAAAUGGUGUCAGCGGAGAUUUCAGUACCCUCUGCGAAAAUCCUAAAGCUAAGGAGUACAUUCUCGGGGAACUUACGAAGACCGCGAAGGCAAAUAAGUUGAAAGGUUUCGAGUUCGUAAAAGCUGUUCAUCUUGAUCCGGUGCCUUUCGACAUGGAGCGCGAUCUUCUCACCCCGACGUAUAAGAAGAAACGGCCACAAUUGCUCAAGUACUAUCAGGGUGCUAUAAAUGGACUAUACAAAGCGACAAAGUGACCAAGUACACUUUGAGCAAAGAGGUUUCCAGUGUCAUUUUGCAGUAUACUUUUAUGUGAUUAUAAGGUCUCUCCUGCUUAUCGUUAUGAUCUUUAUGUGGUGUAUAUUUUCCUUGGCUUUUCCAAUGACAUUUUUACUCUGGUUUAUAUGGAAUGCAAAAGGUUUCAGUUUCCUCUACAGAUUUAGAACA